GCUGGUAUUCCAUCAUCAUCAUCGAUUUACACAAAAUUCAUCAUGGCGGACCAUCUUGAAGGAAGUGGUGUGCGAUGAAAACAAGAUGAGGAACUGUCUCUUUUUUGGACACUCUGUGAGGUCGAGACGCGUGUUAAAUGUAUACUGUUUCCUGCUCAUCCUCGGCGUGCAUCUCCUGACCUGCGGGCAGUGUGCGCAGCGCCGCUGCGGGCCGGACAACUGCGUACACGGGCGGUGCUCGGAAGGGGAGUGCGUCUGCGAUAGAGGGUGGAACGGGGACCGAUGUCAGUACUGUGGAGGCCGUUUCAGAUUGACCAGCAACUCCGGUGUGAUCACUGAUGGUCCGAGUAACUAUACCACGGUCACAAAGUGUACCUGGCUCAUCGACAGUGGAAGGGUUGGAUCGACCAUCAGACUGAGGUUUAAUGAGUUUGCUACAGAGUGUAGCUGGGACCAUGUGUACGUGUACGACGGAGACUCUGUGUUUGCACCCCUCGUAGCAACCUUCAGUGGUCUGAUGACACAUUUGCAGCCCAACAGAACCAGCUAUGAGCUAACCACUACAUCAGGCUACGCCUACCUGCACUUCUUCAGCGAUGCUGCUUACAACAUGAGCGGCUUUAACAUAUCUUACAGCCUGAAUGCCUGUCCGUUAGACUGUUCCGGCCACGGCACCUGCGACUCCUCCUCAGUGUGCACCUGUCAGCAGGGCUGGAAGGGCGACGCCUGCAACGAGCCGGCCUGUCCCAACCUCUGCUCCAACCAUGGCCACUGUGACUACUCAGGCACCCUGGACUGUAUAUGUAACCCAGGAUACAGGGGUGAUGACUGUAACCAUACAGAUGCGCAGGUGGUGUGGGAGCGGGAGCGUCCGGGCCUGCCCGGCCGAGCCUCCCAUGUUUGUGUACAGCAGGACGUGUGGAUGUGGAUAGUGGGAGGGUACACCUUCAGCAGCGCAAGCUUCUACAAUCUCAUUAGGUACCAUUUGGUAGAGAACACCUGGAGUCCCAUCACACCUACAACAGCUGUGAACCCCGUGGAACGUUAUGGUCACACUGCCUUACUGUAUGGGGACAAAAUCAUCAUGUUUGGAGGUCUUGUAGAAGGCAGAGUGGUGACCAAUGAGACGUGGGCUUUUGACACAGUGCUCCACCAAUGGGAGCAGCUGUCACAGGCAGGUCUGGCUCUGGAAGGUCAUUCUGCAAACAUUGUGGACUCCAAGGUCAUUGUGAUCUUUGGACACAACCCUGAUUACGGCUACUCCAGCAAAGUACUGGAAUAUAACCCAGCUACUGACAAGUGGAGGUCUGUUGAGACGUCUGGGGCAGCAGUGUCCGGGUCGUACGGACACACCAGCGUGUACGACCAGGUGUCCGGGAAGAUUUACGUCCACGGGGGAUACACAGUGCUGAAGAAGAACCGCUACACGGUGUCAGACUUCACGUACGCUUUUGACCCUGAAACUGGACAAUGGUCUGUACUGCCAGGCAGCGGUGUUCCUCGCUAUCUCCACUCUGCUGUCACCAUCGGAGGGUUCAUGUUGGUGUUCGGUGGGAACACCCACAACGACACGUCCACCAGCAGUGGCGCCAAGUGCUUCUCAGCAGACUACCUGGCCUAUGACCUAGAAUGUCACAGCUGGCAGCACCUACCUGGCCCAGGUCCUGACUACCAGCCCCACAGGUUUGGCCACUCAGCAAUAGUGCUCAACAGGACCAUGGUGGUGUUUGGAGGAUUCAACAGUGUUCUGUUAGGGGACAUCCUGAUGUAUUCCACAGGUGACUGUGCCAUGAUAGAAGACGAGGACGUGUGCACCAGUUCCCAGCCCGGCGCCGUGUGUGUGUGGACGGAGGUCGGCUGUAUGGACAGACAGGCGGCCGCACAGCUGGGCGAGACUAGGCAAUGUCCACCAAUCACAGGCUCCUGUGGCACCUUUAGUGACUGUGGCACCUGUGUGACUAGUAUACACACCUGUCAGUGGUGUACUGAUGACAGCACCUGUAAAACUACCUGUGAUGACCAAACAGAGGCUGUGUCUAACCUACAGAGCUGCCCAGCAGUUCCAGUGUGUAACACCUUCAACUGUAACGACUGUCAGGACAGGCCAGGAUGCCACUGGCAGGCAGAGGAGUGUAAACUAGGUACUGCAGAAGUUUCCCCAUGUAAGCAGCCCUGUAGCCAUCGGUUGGACAUUGUGAACUGCACCCAGGCAGACUGUAUGUGGUGCAGUAAUCAGAAGCGCUGUGUGGACUCCAACGCCUACGUGCCAUCCUUCCCGUACGGACAGUGUCUGGAGUGGUGCACUAAGGCUGACGGGUGUCCUGGAGAGUGCAGCAGCCUGCGGACCUGCGAGGCGUGUCAGCAGCAGCCUGAGUGUGGCUGGUGUGAUGACGGGAGUCAGACAGGGCUGGGUGGGUGUGUGGAGGGCAGCAGUGCAGGACCCAUGGUGGGGGGGUCUGACGGAGACUUCCACCUCAACACUACCGUCUGUCCCGCCAGCAGAUGGUACUUCACCUCAUGUCCUGAAUGCCAGUGUAACGGACACAGUACCUGUAACAACACCAACGUGUGUCAGCAGUGUCAGGACCUCACACAAGGUACUCACUGUGAACAAUGUGUGCCUGGAUACUACGGAGAUGCUACAAAUGGUGGGAAUUGCACAGUCUGUCAGUGCCAUGGCCAUGCAGACUUCUGUAAUGCACAGAAUGGUGACUGCUUCUGUAACACCAAGGGUAUCAUUGGCAAAGGCUGUGACAGAUGUGACGUCAGUCAUCGCUACUUUGGGGAUGCAGUCACAGGAACAUGUUAUUAUGACUUACUGAUAGACUACCAGUUCACAUUUAACCUGUCCAAAAGUGAUGAGAAGUACUACACUGGUAUCAACUUCAUGAACAUCCCCAGCCAUGCAUCGAGAGACGUAACUUUCACCAUCAACACCUCAGCAAUGGCCACCAUGAACAUUACGAUAGCCAGUGCCUCUGAUCCAGGAGGGAAAGUUCUUGUGUCCGCGGCUGACUUCACCUUCUACAAGAGUGUGUACUCCCAUGUGGACUACUCCUUCGGAAGCUCACAGAACACGACCUUCUACGUCAUAGUGUACAACUUCACCACGCCUUUCUGGCUGCAGGUAACUUUUUCCCAGCACGGCAGUAUCCUGGACCUUGUGCAGUUCUUUGUCACUUUCUUCAGCUGUUUCCUGUCCCUGCUGCUGGUGGCAGGAAUCUUCUGGAAGGUCAAACAGCGGGUCGACACAUUCCGUAGGCGACGGGAGAUGAUUAUAGAGAUGGCACAGAUGGCCAGCAGGCCCUUCUCCAAGGUCAUGUUAGAAAUGGAAAUCAACACAGAGCCACCGGAUGGUGUAAAUAAAAGAAAACAGAGACGUCCUGGGGCUAUUUCACUAGAGCCUCUAGCUGGAAACAAAGCAGCUGUGCUGUCAGUCUUCAUGCAUCUGUCAACAGGGGACAGCUCACAGCCUGCUGUAGGGCACACAGGUCUAGCAGUAGGGAGCACACUUGUAGCAGUAGAACAUUCCAGCAAACCGGCCGAGGGAAAAGACAAACAGCCCAUGUCGCUCUGGCAUCGUAAACACCACAGCCCCACACAUAUAGGGACCUGCAUAUGACAGGAGAGCCCAGCCGCCCUCACCAUGUACAAUACUAGCACUGUCAGCUGUCCAUUCCCAGCCUCUACCAAUGUAGUCCAGACUUCCACAGUAUGAUCUCAAGGCAACUGUUGUUUUAAGGUAAUGGGGGAUGCCCUAACUUGAGACAUUUUGUCAUCUCUCCAUUGCUAGCUGCUAGAAAACAGUUGAUAUGAAAAAUGCAUUCGAUAUUAAAAACAUAUACGAGUAACUUAAUAGAAUAAUUCUUCGAUCAGUGACGCUUGAAAACACAUAAAACACAUGUACCUCCAAAUUUUUGGUGUCAGAUUGCUACAUCAUGAUCACAGAAUGAGGUAGUCUCGCGAGAUCACAAGACUACAAAAUUAAUGCAUUGAUAUUGAUAGUGAACCUUUUGUGCUUUAUGUCACAACCGUUAAAAGGCUAUUGAUGAAUUUAAGCUAAACAGAAUGAAAAAUUCUAGAACAAAAUUGAAUAUUUUUAUUCCCUUCAGACAGUAAAAUUGGCAUUAUGCAUACCUUUUCCCUGGAGUAAGAAGAGCUGUAUCUAGCACUUAGAGACCCAAAUUUCUAGUGUUUAGUAAACCUUUAUUUCUUAUAUACAAGACAGUGGUGUGACUGAAAAAAUGCAUAAAAAGAUCAGUCUCAAGUUAGGGUAAAUCUCAACUUAGGGUAUCCCCUGUUACAUUAUCGUUUUUGUGUAUGGUACUUCAUAUUUUCAUUCUUUCCUGUUAUGAUACAGUCUAUGGGUACCUUUCUUGGCCUUCCCCAGUACCAAACUACAUAGAAAGUUCUCACCAGCAAAAGGCCUACUAGUCGCCUCCAUUUUUAGUGACUACCAAUAUGUCAUAUUCUGUAGAAAAUGAGGUUUUAGAAUUUUAGUUGUUACUGAAAGUUACUGAAAGAUUAUAAGAGAUUAUCUUCAAAAUGACAACUAUGAGACAUUAUACCUCAUACAUGUAAUGUAUAAAUGACACAAAUGACGUUAACAUGUACUUAUCAGAUGACUGAUAUGCCAAUGACAACGCUAAAUACAAUUAAGAGUUACACAAAAUUGUGCAUGGCAAAAAUAUCACAUGAUGGUCUGCAAAGUAUAUGGUUUUGUCUCAACAUGUAAUUUUUAAAAUGUUAUGAAACAAAUGUCUGGAAAAGUUGCAUAUUUAUCUGUUAUAAGUUUUUUUUAACACAAAUUUUCUUCAAAUGGCCCUUAAUUUUGGAUAUUGGGAAAUACCAACUUUUGCUAUGAAAUGUAGCCUUUUAAAUAGGACACCAGCUUGAAAUUUGGGGACCUUCACUUUGGAAAUUUCUAUAAUUUAGUCCUGUAGAUUCAUAUCAUCCAGUGUCUAUCUUUCCUUUUCCUUUUUGUUGGUUUACCCAGCUUGAAAGAAAUAGGUACCAACAGAAAUCACCAGCAAUUUUACAAUGAAAAAGAAUGAAACUGAACAGGGAAACAUACUCCCAACUGAUUUGUAUUUCAAUGUUUACAAGCCAAAUGAUGGUAGGAAAAAUAGAAAGGAUUACAAUUAGCACCUCAUAGAUCUUUAUUGGCUUGAGGCUUUUUGUGUACAUGUAUAUUAUUAAAUAUCCUGUGUAUAGAUAAUUUUUUUUGCAUAUCAAGCAAGUUGUUAGUAGCAUAUCUUACCAAAGUGGUUGGGAAACUUUGCCAAAAGGUAGCAACACUUUGUCUCAGGAUGAUUUUUCUCCAUCAUAAUUUUUUCCAUGUGUAUAUAAUUUUUAUGAUUUUUCCCCCAUCAGUAAAAAAAAUUCCUGUUUGUACAUAUGUCAAAGAUGCAAUGGACUAACCUGAAAAAAAAUAAUAAAAAAAUUUGGAGAAUAAUCAGAAAAUUCUUCAAGUUUUUAUGUGCUGGGUUAUAAGGAGGGUCAUAGUUCCAACUGAGCAUGCAUAGGGAAAUGCAUUGUGGUUAAUAUGUCAAAGGUCAAGGCCCCAUACUUGUAAACAGUUCUUAUCUAAACCAUGCUUGAUUCAUGUCCAGAUUGUUUUGUUUAUGUCUCAGGGGCCUUCAACUUUGACAUAUUACCCAUAAUACAUUUUGUGGUGCAUAUGCAGUUGGAACCAUGAAUCCCCUUAUUACACUUAUGUUGAUAGCUUUGAUUCUUCUUUAGUUAAAUAGGUAUGGAAUUAGAAUAUGCCAUGUUUUGUGUAUGUAAUGUUAGAGAAUGCUGGGCAUCACACAAUGUUUCACACCAAUGUACGUACAACAGGGAUAUCAAACAGAAAUAUUAGUGUAUUAACCCCGCAGAAUGGCACUUCUCAGAAUUAACCUUUGGCUACAGAUAGUUGAAUUCUCUGUAGAUGUAACUGAUACCAAAAACACACAAAAAGUUUUGGCGACGCCUCUGGGGCGGGGUACUUUUACCGAUAGGACCUAUUACAAUGAUUCCUUAUAGUAAGGAGAUAAUGGGGCUGAAUCUGGUGUGUAAAAAGGUUUUCUCAGGAUAAUUAUUAAAAUAGUGCAAGAGAAAUAAUGUAAAUGACCACGGAAGUAUACACCAAAUGAUGUACUGAUUUUCGUUGCGAAUGUACCCAAAUGUAAAAAAAAAGUCUGCAAAAUGUGCAGAGUUUUGUGCUUCAAGAUUCUAUGUAGGCUAUUAACAUACGGGAUUGGGAAAUAAAUGAUUAUCAACCGCAUAA